AUGCCCGGAGACCACAGACGCAUUAGGGGCCCGGAGGAGUCGCACCUCCCUUCACUUUAUGCGCCUCCGGAGCAGGUGGAAGAGGUCCGGGCUCGGUCCUACAAUCCUAAUCGAGACCCCCUGCGCCAGCGGCCCGUCUAUGUGAGUGCCGGCCUCCUGAGCCAGGCCUGUGGCUCUGCCUACUUGGAGUCGGGGGACACCAAAGUCCUGGUGUCUGUGUGGGGCCCACGUCAAGCUGAGGGAGGGGAGGCCUCGAUUGGGCUUCAAGGCCGGCUAGUAUGCGACUUCCGCAGGGCUCCCUUCUCCAGUCCUGGCCGUCGGAGACCACCAUCGGGCAGCAGCGAGGAGAAGGAGCUGAGCCUAGCUCUUCAGGAGGCCCUUGGGCCGGUAGUGAGGCUCCAGCGCUACCCACGAGCCCAGGUAGAAGUGUCGGCCCUACUUCUCCAGGAUGGCGGUUCAGCUUUGGCCGCGGGGGUUACAGCGGCUGGCUUGGCCUUAGCCGACGCUGGCAUCGAGAUGUACGACAUCGUGGUGGGCUGCGGCUUGAGCCUCCCCUGGGGUUUCGAUCCCAUCUGGCUCCUCGAUCCUAUUUUAUACGAAGAGCAGCAUACCGCCGCUGGCCUUACCGUAGCACUUAUGCCAGUGCGCAACGAAGUCACGGGCAUUUUGGGCAGUGGAGAGGGUCGCAGCAUCGAUUGCUGGGCAGAAGGCGUGCGACUCGGAAUAGAGGGCUGCCAGAGCCUUUACCCAACGCUGCAGAAUUGUCUAGUGAGGGCCACCAGGAAGCGGAGGGAAGAAGCCCAAGCCCAGAACGAGGUGGAGAGGGAGCAGGCUGCCCGCCAUCGCCGGCCACCUCCACCACCUCUAGCAGCUCCAGGAGGUCCAGACGCUCCUCCAGGUCCAGCAGCUCCUCCAGCUCAGCAGCCUCCCGCUGAGCCCAUGCUGUGAUCAGCCAGGCCAGAGUCUCCCACCGCCAUCGGGAAGUGGAAACACCACCUUUCACCUUCUGGCCCUGGCUCACCCCUCUCCCAAGAUUUGACCCUCCACAAGGGGAGUCAGUAGGUUUUUUUCACCCCUUCUUUCAAUUACCACCACUCCUCUCAUUUCAAAGCAGAAUCCAGAAGAGACUUUACUUUCACCAGCUUUAUUGCCAUCAACACAGUCUCAAGUUCUUGGAAACCAGAUGCCACCUUACAAGUACCAUCUCGGACCCUCUUCCCUUUGGAAGGCUGCGACCCCACCAAGUAAUGACCAUCAUCCCCCCUUAAGAUCUGGGACUUUGUUCUCUCAGAAGAACUAGAGGACUGAGCAAAAUGGGCCUGGACAAGGGGAGGGAGGGAUAAGAGACUGAUUACCCCCUUUGGAUGAUUGAUGGGGGUCUCCCCCUCACACACACAAAUGGCAGGUCUCUAGUUCAUUGAAGUGGUAUUUGUUUUCAAAAUGUUUAUUAAAAAGUUCUUGAAAAUUGUUUGGUGUCUGGUAUAUUUUGUAAAAAGGAAUCUUCCUCAGGUAUUAUUUAUGAGUCAGGUGACUUCAGGGGUCCUUUUAUAGCAAAGGGGGAAGAACAAGGGAGG